GUUGCGCAACUCUGGGUUUUUUUAGAGUCACGUGUUCCAAGUUGGAAUGGGUGGUGGAUUUCAAUGUUGAUGCAAUUCCCUCUUUGUUUGUUGAGCUUCACACUCAGCGCUUCGUCCGUUAGUUGAUGACCGUUGCAUUCAGCUUCUGAAGGUCUAACUCUCAGCAAUGGAAUUUAACCCCACAGAAGUACUUCUGCCUUCAUUUGUCACACGGAAUGAAUAACAAUAGCAAACUUGAAACUGAAGAACUGCUUACCUGUCUUCAUAUACAUCUCUACCACCCUAAUCAAGACAGUUGCCUGCUGUUCCAAAACCUGCCCAUAAAUCAACCAUACGAAAUGGACACUGAAGAUCCACUAAGGCUUGGCCGUGAUGGACAGACCUGCAUCUUUGUCCUAAAUGACACCUCUGUCUCCAGAAAACAGCUCUCCAUACAAGCGUAUAGGAAAGCUGGCAGCACUUUCUUGAGCUUCAUGAUCCAGAACAUGAGCCAGAAGGUCAAACUUGUGGUCGGUGGGUCUGAACUGAGAUACCUCGAAAGAGCUGAGCUUGAUGACAAGGUGCUCCUCCGCUUUGGAAGAUAUGAACUGCUGAUUUGGCAGGAGCCAGGAGAUUCAGCGAAUACAUUUGAAGUCCUGUUUGAAACAUGCAAUACACCCUCUUCACAGGAAUUGGGCAUAGAUGUGCCAUGCAAACUACCUGUUAUGGACACUGGUGUGCCAUGGAGAAACCUUGAGAAUGGAGCACCUGCAAGCCAAGAACCACUGGAGUCAGAUGAGACAGUUGUUUUAGUAUAGACAUUUUCUGGACCUUGCUUUGCAUAUUAUUAUUAUCAUCAUUGAUACUGUGUUAUUAAAAUGCAUCUCAAAUGUAACAGACUGAGAUCUGCGACUGUAGCUUAUGAUUCAAGUGACAUUACAAACUUUUUUAUGAUUUCUUCUGGAAUGCCACUGAACCAGUUUUGUUGCCUGAUUUCCUCCCCCUGUACAUAUAUUUUAAGUAUUUUACUGAAUUUUAUUGGAUUUUUGUAACUCACAUGUUUGCUCAAGGCACUUGUGUUUUCUCUCCAUUACUGUGAAGUGUUCAUCAGUGUGUUUAGCUUUAUAUUAUAUAAUAUUUUAUAUAUUGAAUUGACAUUUACUUGAUAAAAUGUGAAUCACACUUUUUGAAAUUACAAUGAUUAAAGGGUUAUUCAUAAACUACUUACAACAUGUUAUAAAUUAUAAAUGCUGAAUAGUC